GAGAACAAAUUUCGUGAAAAGUUGUCACAUUUGUAGAGAAUUUUUUGUUCUGUACAUGAACUGUAGUUGUAAGGCUACUUCUUACAAUUACACGUGUUACAGUCAUCAACUGAUCAAGGGAUACUUGACUUUUGGAUUCGGUUUGUCACUGCCUGUUAGAAUGUUGCAAUUCAGUGAUAAACAUCUAAAGUAUUAUAGUAUAUGAGGAUGAGCCUGUCACUGGCGGCUGGAGACAGCACUGCUCCGUGUAAUGGCUCCCCCCGUGACGAGGGGGAGGAGGAGGGAGAAGCGUACCGACAACAGAUCCAGCAGUUGCAGGACAUGAGUCUGGCACCACUCAAGGAGGAUCUGGUGAACUGGCUGGCUAAAACACUCGGUAUUGACAUCUCUACAGAUACUCUGAUGGACGUUUUGGACAAUGGUGUACAUCUGUGUAAACUGGCAAAAAUUAUAGAAGUGAAGGCAUCCGAAUGUGCAGCGGAUGGAAAGCUAACUGAACCUCUUCCUAACUGCAAACUGAAGUGUAAAAUGGUGGCUAAGUCGGGGAGCUGGUUUGCGAGGGACAACUCUGCUAAUUUUCUCACUUGGUGCAGAAACUGGGGAAUAAUAGAAGAGUGUCUGUUUGAAACUGAGGACUUGGUGUCCCACAAGCAUGAGAAGCCAGUGAUUGUGUGUCUGCUGGAGUUGGCUCGACUCGGCUACAAGUACGGCCUCGAACCACCGAACAUUAUCAAGAUGGAAAAGGAAAUAGAACAGGAAGAGAAGGUGGCCGAGCCGGUGACGAAACGACCAAACACUGCAGGUAGCAAGAAGCCAGAAAAGCUAAACCUUCAUGCCGAGGUCCAGAAAAUGGCCCGGAAGUGUCAUUGUGAAGAGCAUGUGAAGAGGAUACGGGAAGGAAUGUAUAGUAUCUUUAAGAAGACGAUCUUUAUCAGGCUGCUGAAUGACAAGCAUCUGAUGGUGCGUGUCGGAGGGGGCUGGGACACCCUGGAGCACUACCUGCUGCACCACAACCCCCACCAGGUGUUUGUCUUCAGCCACUCCAACAGUGAGGACAACAUUCUCCACAAUGUUGGCGGGGAUCACUUCCUCUACAUCAAGGCCAAGUACAAGUCAUGAGCAGCAGGAAAUCAGUGUUGUAGUGCAGUGAUGACGUUUUGUAGCCUCCCUCCCAGCUAAUGCAGCGACGGCGUACAAUAGCCUCCCUCCCAGCUAAUGCAGCAACGACGUACAAUAGCCUCCCUCCCAGCUAAUGCAGUGAUAACGUGCAAUGGCCUCCCUCCCAGCUAAUGCAGCGACGACGUGCAAUAGCCUCCCUCCCAACUAAUGCAUUGAUAACGUACAAUAGCCUCCCUCCCAGCUAAUGCAGUGAUAACGUACAAUAGCCUCCCUCCCAGCUAAUGCAGUGAUAACGUACAAUAGCCUCCCUCCCAGCUAAUGCAGCGACGACGUACAAUAGCCUCCCUCCCAGCUAAUGCAGUGAUAACGUGCAAUGGCCUCCCUCCCAGCUAAUGCAGCGACGACGUGCAAUAGCCUCCCUCCCAACUAAUGCAUUGAUAACGUACAAUAGCCUCCCUUCCAGCUAAUGCAGUGAUAACGUACAAUAGCCUCCCUCCCAGCUAAUGCAGCGACCACGUGCAAUAGCCUCCCUCCCAACUAAUGCAUUGAUAACGUACAAUAGCCUCCCUCCCAGCUAAUGCAGUGAUAACGUACAAUAGCCUCCCUCCCAGCUAAUGCAGCGACGACGUGCAAUAGCCUCCCUCCCAGCUAAUGCAGUGAUAACGUGCAAUGGCCUCCCUCCCAGCUAAUGCAGCGACGACGUGCAAUAGCCUCCCUCCCAACUAAUGCAGUGAUAACGUACAAUAGCCUCCCUCCCAGCUAAUGCAGCGACCACAUGCAAUAGCCUCCCUCCCAGCUAGACUUGCCAGUCUUGAAGGUCUGUUCAGCCAAGUUGACAAAAUGUGUGGUGUCAGCUCCUCACACGUUUUUAAAUUUUUGUUUUGUUUUUGUUUUUUGUUUAACGACACCACUAGAGCACAUUGAUUUAUUAAUCAUUGGCUACUGGAUGUUAAACAUUUGGUAAUUUCUACAUUAAGUCUUAGAGAG